UUCAAAUAGCGGACGGCGUACGCGAUCGCUCACUCCUCCACUGCGGCUCACGGCUACGCUUUCCAUUCAUCCAUUGGAUCCCUCUUCUCCUCUUCUCUCUCUCUCUCUCUCGCUAGGGUUAGGGUUUCGAUCAUCGCGCGCGGCUUACCAGGCACGCUGUCUCAGAAGAUGAGUUACCAGAUGAAUUCUCCUUUCUUGUUCCCUCCCCUGCAGCCGCAGGGCAUGGAAAUCUUGGCAAACGACUGGAAUUUGGUCAUCAAAGUGAACUAUCAUGACACUCUCAAGAGAUUUGGUGCCCAUGUCUCCGGGAAAAGGCUGGAUCAUGACAUGACUAGGCUGAAAACAAAAAUAAUUGACCUCUUCAAGUUCGGACCAGAUGAUAAUUUCACUCUCACUUACUUUGAUGAAGAUGGUGAUACUGUAACACUUGAUACUGAUGACGAACUUCAUGAUGCUGCUAUCAGUCAACGAUUGAACCCUCUUAGGAUAAAUGUUAUUAUGAAAUCUCAUGCUGAUGGAAAAUCUGAGCCAGCUAGCUCCACCCCCUCAAACUCACCAAAUAUCCAGACUAAGCAACUUCAAGCCAAUGUUAUUACUGAAGCAUUAAAUUCUCUCCCUGAACCACUUCGCAGUACACUAUCAAAACUUUCUGAAGAUUUAUUGUCAAAAGCUACAUCCUCUUCACCUGCUGUUGCUGAGUUUGUGGAGUAUUUUUCAAAGCUUGGGUUAUCCAAUGUUAAUCAAUUUUCCCAAGGCACUUCUGGUGAAUCGUCAGGCGCAGAUGUCAAUGCUUCAAAAAUAGAUAAGCCAUCGAAUGAUUCUCCUGCUGGACAUGCCUUCUCUUCUCCUCCCAAUGCUGUUAGUCACAUUACAGAAUCUUCUCAUGGGAAACAUGGGAGUGGUAAUGUAGAAAAGGGCGCUGGGGCCAAGCUUUCAACAUCUGCUGACAUUAAUAGGGAUAAUGUUCCUCAGAACCAACAUGCUUUAGGAGAUCCUUUUGUUGAUGAUUUAUUGUCUUCCAUUUGGACUAGUGCUAACAUGGAGCCAGGGAGGGAACCCGGUCAGGUUCUUUAUGAUGGUAAAUCUGCAGGUGGCUCUCAGCCUGCGAUACCUGCUGCCCGUAUUUUGGAACCUACUUCAAGUUCAGAUAGGCUGAGGACACUGGAGCCAUCUUUUCAACCCGCAAAUGUAGCAUCCAAGGGAUUUAUUGGUGGUGCCAACUCACAAUUUCACCCUGGAACUACUUCCACAACACCAGUCGGUUUAAAUCCCUGUCCGAAUAGGAUCAAUAUACCCUCACAUGGUUUUCUUCCAAGUUGGCUCAAUCCCAAAGCACAUCCAUACAGAAGGGGCCAUUCCUACAUUGACAGUGCAUUUCGUACUUUCCACAGAGGUGUUCAAUGUGAUAACUGUGGAAUGCAUCCUAUCAUGGGGCCACGCUAUAAAUCAAAUGUGAAGGAAGACUAUGACUUGUGCAGCAUUUGUUUCGCACAGAUCGGUAAUGAUGCUGAUUACACCAAGAUAGACCGUGUUCCUUACCGUUCUCCAAGGCUGUUUAAGGAAUCGUACAACCCGCAUUCUCGAUCUCGGUCUUCAUCCCAUGGUUUCCAUGGUUGUGGGUCCAGAUCAUCUAGAUCAAAACUUGAUAGCCGCUUCAUUCAAGAUGUGACAGUCUUGGAUGGAACCAUCAUGUCCCCGUCUACUCCUUUCACUAAGAUAUGGCGGUUGCGUAACAAUGGAACCAUUCCAUGGUUUGUUGGUACUCAGCUUGUGUGGAUUGGUGGUGAUCGACUUGGCAAUCAAACUUCUGUUGAGUUGGAGAUUCCCGGGGAAGGAUAUCCUGUGGAUGCAGAGCUUGAUGUUGCAGUUGACUUCACCGCACCGUCAAGUCCUGGCAGGUACAUCUCAUAUUGGAGGAUGGCCUCACCUUCUGGGCAGAAAUUUGGUCAACGAGUUUGGUUGCUUAUCCAGGUUGAUAAUUCUCGACCAAGUUCUUCUUCUAGUUACCAUGCAGAUAUUAACUUGAACCUGCCUCCUGAAAACAAUUACGGCAAUGGAGCGCGAGUGAACAUAGAUGUGAAUGCCCAUCCUGCAGAUGCUGUAUCUGCUGGACCUGAUGUUACCAAUAUGAAUACCGUGGAAGAUUUUGCACCAUUCUUCAUUCAAAUACCUGUCCAGAAUGUGGAACCUGCUCCGGCUGCUGCUGAGUUGCUCGGUACCUCUGAUGAGCCAACACAGCCCAUGCCCAAAGCGUCCUCCCCAAUUUCAUAUCCCAUCAUUGAGCCACCACCACAGCCCAUGCCCAAAACACCCUCCCCAAUUUCAUAUCCUAUCAUUGAGUUCCCUUCACCGUCAUCAUCACCACCACCUGUUCAUGUUGGAUCCUCAUCCAAAUUGGAUGCCGAUGACAAUCCUGUUGAAAAUACGCUCUUGAAGGAGUUGGAAGAGAUGGGCUUUAAACAAAUCGACUUAAACAAGGAGGUUCUCAGGCUAAAUGAGUACGAUCUGGAGCAGUCUGUGGAUGAUCUCUGUGGCUUUUCCGAAUGGGAUCCCCUUCUCAAAGAACUGAAGUUUAUGGGUUUCUCCGACGCGGAAACAAACAGGAAGCUGCUGAUAAAGAAUGGUGGAAGCAUCAAACGAGUUGUGCUGGAUCUCAUUUCUGAGGAGAAAGCUGAAUAGAGAGUGCUGCAUUUGGGUUUCUUCUUGAAAUCCAAGAAACAAAUCACAAAAACUCUGGUGUGUCUUUUAAUCAGUCUAUUUUCUUUCAAUUGCACUGUUAUGCUUGGAUGUGGCUUGGUGUUUGUGUUGAAUAUAUGGUGCUUUGUCCUGAGGGCAGGGAACCUUUACUAUUCUGUUUGUCAUCUGUGAUCGUAUCACUUUGUUUAUAAAUAAAUGUGAGUUACUAGUGACUUAUAUAAUUGGGUUGUGUUUUGAUUUU